AUGGCGGCCUUUUCCCUGGGGUUCCCUUGUUUUUUUUUCCCCGUGCUUGCUCGCUUGGCCAUUUUGCUCGCUGACCAUCUGUGGCUGUGCGCGGGGGCCCGGCCCCGGGCCAGGGAGCUGAGCAGGCCACCCUGGGGGGCCCACCGUGAGCGGCAGCCAGUGCCUCCUCGUGCGGUGCUGCCACUGCUGCCGCCGCCCGGCGAGCCCAGUGCGCCCCCAGGCACCUGCGGUCCCCGAUACAGCAACCUGACCAAAGCCGCCCCCGCCGCGGGUCCCGGGCUGGACUGCAGCGGCAUCCCAGAGCCCUCGGGGCUGGACGCAGCUUGCACCAAAUUUCAAUCUUUGCAGAGAUUUUUCGAACCGACUACCCCAGCCCCACCUCUGCGGCCCCCUGACUCCCCUUCCCGUGCUCCGGCCGAGUUCCCCUCCGCCCAAAAAAACUUGCUCAAAGGCCACUUUCGGAACUUCACUCUCUCCUUUUGCGACACCUACACGGUUUGGGACUUGCUGCUGGGCAUGGACCGUCCCGACAGCCUGGACUGCAGCCUGGACACCCUGCUGGGGGACCUGCUGGCCAUAGUGGCCAGCCCGGGCUCCGGGGCCUGGGAGGUGUGUAGCAACUGUAUCGAGGCGUACCAGCGGCUUGACCGACAUGCUCAGGAAAAAUAUGACGAGUUCGACCUCGUGCUGCAUAAAUACUUACAGGCGGAAGAGUACUCAAUUCGGUCCUGCACAAAAGGCUGUAAGGCUGUCUACAAGGCCUGGCUGUGCUCAGAAUACUUCAGCGUGACCCAGCAGGAAUGCCAGCGCUGGGUGCCCUGCAAGCAGUACUGCCUGGAGGUGCAGACCCGGUGCCCCUUUAUACUCCCUGACAAUGAAGAAAUGGUGUACGGAGGGCUCCCUGGUUUUAUCUGUACAGGGUUGCUGGAUACUUCGCCAAAGCAGCUGGAAAGCAAGUGCUGUGACGUGCAGUGGUCUCCUGUUGAGUCGGGAAAGAAGAAGUUCAAGGAGUCUGAGGCCCCCAAAACCCACCACCAGCAAUUCCACCACUCCUAUUUCCACCACUACCACAAACAGUACCGCCACUACCAUCCCCGCUAUGACCCCCCAGGCCGUAUCAGCCACAAGCCCUCCCUGCUGCCGGUCUCUGGGGGCUCCCGCCUCAGCCCCAGCAGGAUCCGGCUCUAUGUCCUUGUUCUCAUGCUCCUCCAUACCAUGGUGUCCUUCUCCAGCAACCAGAGUGGUGGGGGACUGGGGCUGGAGGCACUGCCUGCCCUAGAUGAGGGCCUGACUCUGGAAGAGUGACAGCAGGGAGGGAAGACAGACCUCCACCACACACUGACAUCAGUUCCAGCUCCCCCAGGGGCAGGGGGAGGGGGGGCUCCUCCCAUGGGAGAUAUAGGACCAGGUGGGGGGCGGGGGGAAAUGAGGGACUACACAUGGUCCCCAGCCUACUCCCACUCCAAAAGCAGCCCCAGCAGAACGGCCAGAGGGCCCCAGGGAGCUGCAAACUCAUCCAGGAGAAGGCAGGAGCAGCAGGCGCCCCAUCCUAGGCCCCCAUUUAUGGGGCUUAGCAAACAAAAAGGGGGAGAGUGGGGGCUGGCAUUGUCCACCCCUGCUGAGGACCCUCACCCCAGGGAAGGAGGCUGCUAUCCCAGCAUUGGCCCUGCAGGGAAUGUUGGGGGGCCCAGAAGGGAGCAGCUCUUUCCCCCCUUCAUAUUCCUUUUGUUGCCAAGAUCCUUAAUUCCCUUCUGCCCAUACCCCAACACGGACGGUGCAGUGGCCCUCCUCCAGUUCACCUUGGCCCACAUGAGACCACAGUAGGGAAGUGCCAGGCUGGGAGAUGAGGUGCGCACAGUCACAGCUGGGUCAGGACUCCAGUUAACUGCCCCACCACCCUAGGCAAUGAGGGGUAGGAAUGGGAUGCAGAAUGAGUGGUGAGAGAGUGGAGAUAGGAAAGAGGGAGAGGAGAAUUGUAGGCAGAGGGCUUAGAGCAGCGGUUUUCAACCUGUGGGUCGUGACCCCUUUGGCGGUCGAACAACCCUUUCACAGGGGUCGCCUAAGACCAUCCUGCAUAUCAG